AUGGCGUUUGGAGCAUUGGUCCACCCUGCUUUCCACAUGGCCCACCCCGUGGACCCAUUCACAAGAUAUACAAGCGCGAAGACGAAGAGGCCCCUGGUGCCCAAGUCUACUGAAAACCAACAUCCUAACGAGAAGAAGGAUAAAUGCGUUCCAAAACCCAUUGAAUUCUUGUCCUACAAAGAAGAUUCAGUUGCAUCAGUAUUUGCCUCUAUAUCCGUUUUCAUGUCUGUCGUAGCCUCCAUUAUUUUGGGGAUAUUUAUUUUAUACCAGGACACCCCCAUUGUCAGAGCUAAUAAUCAGAACCUCAGCUUCCUCCUCCUGGUCUGCCUCAUCCUGAGCUUCCUCUGUGUGUUUCUGUUCCUCGGUCGUCCUGAGGAUGUAACCUGCAUGCUGCGGCAAACUGCUUUUGGAAUCCUCUUCUCGGUAGCUGUGUCUUCUCUGUUGGCCAAGACCAUCAUGGUCUGCAUCGCUUUCAAAGCCACCAAACCCGGCAGCACUUGGAAGAAAUGGAUGGGGGUCAAAAUACCCAACUGUGUGGUGUUUGUCUGCUCAUUUAUUCAGGUGGUCAUUUGCAUCUGCUGGUUGUCUAUUUCCCCUCCGUACCAGGAAAUGAACACUCACUCCUCUCCUGGAAAGAUCAUUAUUCAGUGUAAUGAGGGGUCAGUAGUUGCUUUUUACACUGUUCUGGGGUACAUGGGCUUCCUGGCCGCUGUGAGUUUCGUUGUCGCUUUCCUGGCCAGGAAAUUACCGGACAGUUUUAAUGAAGCCAAGUACAUCACCUUCAGCAUGCUGGUUUUCUGCAAUGUCUGGGUCACUUUUAUCCCGGCUUAUAUGAGCGUCAUGGGCAAAAACACUGUGAUUGUAGAGAUUUUUGCUAUAUUAGCUUCCAGCGCUGGAAUUCUGUGCUGUAUAUUUUUUCCAAAAUGUUAUAUAAUUUUGGUGAAACCGAGCAUGAAUACAAAGAGACACUUACUAAAAGCGGGUUCUUAGAAUGGGGAAUGUGCCUGAUAUUGUCACGGUCAAUAACCAGGAAGUAUAUGGAUCGGAAGGUAUUUGACCCACUGGGGAUAGACUAAUCUGCAUUAACACGUUCUCCCGAGAGCUCAAAAUAAUAAAAGUACAACACUGCACACAAGCAAGCACAACCCCAACCAAAACCGCAUUACAUAAGGGUGUAUUCACUAAGCUGUAUGCUUCAUGUUAUUUGAGGAAAAAUUAAACAUUUCACAUCAGCCUCCCUGCACGUUUCAAAGGGCAAAUCCAGUGAGCACUCCCUGGAAGAAGGGCUGAGUGGCCCCGCAUGAUGAAUUUUCUGUUAUGACUAGAAAUUGCCAAAUAUCUCUGCUUCUCAGAUCAAAAUAUAUAGAUAUAGGUUCACUUUUAAUACUGUAUCGUCAGUAGCUGUCAGUGCCCACCUGAUAUUGAUCUUCUCCUGCAGUGUAACGAGGGCUCGGUUAUCGCCUUCUACUGUGUCCUGGGUUAUUUGGGGCUUCUGGCAGCUGUUAGUUUUAUUAUAGCUUUUUUAGCCAGGACAUUACCGGACAGUUUUAAUGAGGCCAAGUACAUCACCUUCAGCAUGCUGGU